AUUCGAGCAAGCGGCAAUUUGGUGGUGAGCGCAAAAGGAGAAGGAACGACAUGAGGAUUGGUUGAAGGAAGUCGCCAACAUGUUCCGAUCAACACGCGGACUUCGAGCAGCGGCUGGUUCCUGGUCGCAAACGCUGCACCUUCCCAAAUCGACAUUUCCCGCCAGACCAUCGACCGAAGAGCUUCUCAGAUACCGGAAACGAUGCGCCGACGACUUUUAUGCCUGGCAAAAGGAGAACCGACCAACCGAAAAUGAAGACGGCGAACGAAACACCUUCGUUCUCCAUGAUGGACCUCCAUACGCAAACGGCCCAGUACAUGUCGGACACGCCUUGAACAAGAUCAACAAGGACAUCAUCUUGCGAUCGUAUGCCAAAAGAGGAGUCCGAGUGGAAUACCGACCAGGAUGGGAUUGCCACGGUCUGCCCAUCGAGCUCAAGGCCCUGCAGGCGCAUCAGCAAUCAAGCCUGGAGAAAGAAUCGAAGAACAUGGUGGAUGAGCCAACCAAGGAAGCCAGCGUCGCCCAUGGUGCUGGUCUGAGUCCAUUGGCUAUUCGCGAGGCUGCAAAGAAGUUGGCGACAAAGACGAUAUCAGAGCAGAUGCACGCCUUCAGAUCAUGGGGUGUCAUGGGUGAAUGGGACAAGCCGUACAAGACGAUGGAUGCUGAAUUCGAGAUCAAGCAGCUGCAAGUCUUCAGAGACAUGGUCGCAAAAGGUUUGAUCUACCGCCAGAAUAAGCCCGUCCACUGGUCACCCUCCUCUGGUACCGCCCUGGCCGAGGCCGAACUCGAAUACGACGAAGACCACCGUGUUGUCGCUGCCUUUGUCAAGUUUCCCUUGGUCAAACUACCCCCUGUCCUUGCCGAUAAUGCCGCUGUUCAAGCCGACUCGGUCAGCGCCUUGAUUUGGACAACGACGCCAUGGACCCUCCCCGCCAACAAGGCUAUCGCCGUUCGUUCCGACAUGUACUAUGUACUGGUAGAAGUCACCGGCAAAGACCUCCCCAAUGACCUGCAAGGCCAGAUGAUUGUCGCAAAGGAACGCGUCGAGUCACUUCAAGCCCACCUUCCAGAAGGUGCCUCGAUCAACGUCCUUGUUGAGAACAUCUCGGGUGCUCUCCUGGAGAACACCGAAUACAUCAACGUCAUCUCCGCCGAGUACAACAAGAUUAUUCAUGCCGACUUCGUCACCGCCACCUCUGGUACUGGUCUGGUCCACAUUGCCCCUGGCCAUGGUAUGGACGAUUACAAUGUCUGUAUGAAGCUGGGUAUUGGUCCGGCCUUCGCCCCCGUCGACGACCAUGGCAAAUACACAAACAAGGCUUUCCCUUCGGAUCCAUCAUACCUCCAGGGUCUGCCUGUUGAGAAGGACGGUGCAAAGGCGGUCGUCGCCUUGCUCAGAAAUCCCCAGUCCAAGCUGUCGGUACCAUCACUCAAGCCCGAAUCGUCUCUUAUCUUCAAAACGCAUAACUUUAGGCAUAAGAAUCCUAUCGACUGGAGAACGAAGCAACCCGUCAUCACCAGAGCUACUGACCAAUGGUUCGCCAACGUUGGUAGUGUCCAAGAAUCAGCCCUCAAGGCUAUCGAGGACAUCAUCUUCAUCCCUGAGACCGGCAAGACACGCCUUGAAAGUUUCUUGAAGGGCCGUAGUCAGUGGUGUAUCUCCCGCCAGCGAGCUUGGGGUGUCCCCAUUCCUGCCUUGUUCCAUAAGCAGACUGGCGAGGCCGUCCUGACCGUCGAGAGCAUCGAACACAUCAUCAAGGUCAUCCAACAUCGCGGUACUGAUGCCUGGUGGGCUGACGCUUCCGACGACCCUGCUUGGAUCGCUCCUGGUCUUGAUCGUGAAUCCUAUGUUCGUGGCAAGGACACUAUGGAUGUCUGGUUUGACAGCGGUACCUCUUGGGCCCAACUGGAGAAGCGCGAAGACGGUGCUGUUGCAGAUAUGAUAUUCGAAGGCUCUGACCAACAUCGUGGUUGGUUCCAAUCUCUUCUUCUCACGUACCUCUCUGGCCAAACCGGUACUGCUAAUCCUCCUGUUGGAAGCAUCAUCACCCAUGGAUUCACUCUUGACCACACCGGUCGCAAAAUGAGCAAAUCUCUCGGCAAUGUCAUUUCACCCGAAGAGAUCAUCAGUGGUACCAUCAUCCCGCCAGCAAAGACGAAAAAGGGCACAAAGGCUGCUCCUCGCCCUUAUCAGGCUAAGAAGGACGCCAUGGGCCCUGAUGCCUUGCGUCUAUGGGUUGCAAGCAGCGACUACACCAAGGAUGUUGUGAUCGGUCAGCCCGUGCUCCAAGCCGUCCACUCAUCCCUCCAUAAAUACCGCACGACAUUCAAAUGGCUUUUGGGUGUUAUGCACGAUUACCCUGCGCCCAUCCCAAUCGAAGAAUUGUUGCAAGACCUCUACUUUGCUGACCAAAUCGCUCUUCACCAACUCUCCAAGACCUCAGCACAGGUUUGGGACAGUUUCGCCUCCUACGAGUUCCACAAGGGUGUGCAAGCAAUCAACAAAUUCAUCAAUGCCGACCUUUCAGGCUUCUACUUCGAAGUCAUCAAGGACAGAUUGUACGCCGAUGAUGAAGAUGUCCGUAGACAUACACAAACAGUCCUCUUCAUCAUCAUGGAAGAGCUUUGCCACAUGUUGGGUCCCGUCACCCCUCACCUUGUGGAAGAAGUAUGGCAACACAUUCCCGAGGCAUGGCACGAAUAUGACCCUCAACCCUUGAGCCGACGAACCUGGGAGUUUCCCUUCACCGCAGAGUUCGACGCUUUCAAGGCCGAAGGCGCCAUGGAGAAGGUCAUCAAAAUCUUCACCACGGUCUCUACCGCCGUAAAGUCUGCUCAAGAAAGCGCACGCAGAGCUGGUAGACUCGGUAGUGGAUUGGCUUGCCGUGUCGAGUUGCAACUCCCUCGCGAGACCGGCAACGUACCUUUAGCCCUCCUUCAUGACCUUCGCAACACAGGCGAACUUUCCGAACUCUUCGUCGUCUCGGAAGCAGACAUGGUCCCACUGGACCCUGACUUCCGCCGUCAAAUCGCCGAGCAAGAACCAGACGAGGAACUCCGCGCCAUCCUACUCGAGCCCGAUGAGCCAGCUUGGAAAUUCGAGUGCGAGUUCGAAUGUGGUGACCCGAACAACCCUGCUACUGGUAAAGCUGUCGUCAUGCCACCACGUGGAGAAAAAUGUAUUAGAUGUUGGCAGUUCACUUCUGAUGAACCUGAAACCCUCUGUGGCAGAUGCGUUGAUGUUGUCGGUGACCAAGUUGGUGUUAACGAUGAGAUGAUCGAGGCUGAAGGGGAUGAGUAUGAUGAAUUGGCCAAGUACCGUUGAGCCAUCAUAUCGUCAUGAGUUGCACAUUGCUGUAUUGUACCAAAUAGGACUGUAGAAAUAGGGCUCGGCGUUAAGGAUAAAAUCUAGACUUCUUUGAUAUCCUCUCUAACAAUCUCUC